AUGGUUACAGAUCCAAUUAUACCAAGUGACCAACACUUUUUUGUUCUGGCACAUCAAGAAAAAGAAAAGAAAGCCAAGGAAUUGUUACGUGAAAUGGAAGUGUAUAUCAAGGAUAAUAGAAUUAAAGGAGAAGUCAAUAACUUAUUUGGUGAUAUAGGACACGAAAUUGUUAAAAGAGCAAAUGAUAUCGAUGCCUCUCUGAUUAUCACAGGCAGUCGGGGUUUAGGUGUACUCACAAGGACGAUAUUAGGAAGUGUUAGUGAUUACAUUGUUCACCACUCUGAAGUUCCUGUGGUUGUGUAUACAGACAGUGCCAAAUGAUGAAAAGUAACAGACAGAACACAAGAACCAUCGAAUUUCAAUCUUGUUGAAUUAUCCAUGUGACUGGAUUUCUAUAAAUCGAAGAAAUAGAUAUUCUUAUAUAAAUUUGGGAUUUAG